UAACAUUGUAAUUUUAUUUCAAAUAGAAUCAAUAGCGUUGAAAAUAAAGUUUUUUAAUGUUCCCGAGAUAUGAAAUAAAAAAUGCAAAUGAAUAUUAUAUCUAUUUUGUAUUUUAUCUGUGUUAAAAAUCUAUAUAUCUAUAUUCAGUGAUGUACAAGAAUAUAAGAUAGAAAAUUUCAUAAGAUGGUAGAUCUAUUCUGUAAUCUUAUUCGUGCUCAAUAUAAAAACAUGAGAAAUAAUAUAUAGUUCAAUCUUAAUCUAUACACAUAAUCAAAGGUUGUACAACUGUUGUUACUUUUGUGUACUUCAAAUUUAACCUGCCAAGAAUCCGGCAAAUUUAUUUUCAAACGUAAUUGUUUAUAUAAAGAUUAUAAUAAAGUAAUUAAACAUGAAAACUGCGCCUGAUCCAAAAGAUAUACAGGAAUUUCAAUUUAAACAAUCAAAUAUUUCCCAAGUUUUAGAUGCAUUUUCAUCCAUACCAACUGCAUGCAGUUUAUUGGUUACAGAUAAAAAAAGAGGAUUAUUAUAUAUAGGUCAAAAUAAUAAAAUAAUUAUGUUAAAACCAGGAGAAGAUAAUGAUCCAGAGUGGAAAGUAGAAUUUAAUAUACCUGUAGCUGUGUCUAAAUUAACACUUAAUUGUGAUUGUUCCUAUUUAGCUGUGGCAGCACAUGGAUCUAUAAUUUUAAUUUAUGAUGCACAAGCACUUACAAAAAAUAACUUACAAUUAUUACAUAAAGUUAAAGUUUCCACAUCAAAUGGAGAUAUAUUUGUGAAUGAUCUGCGAUGGAAUCCUGCUAUAUCAGGAAUGUUAUGUACAAUAGCUAGUGAUUAUACAAUUGGUAGUUUUAAAAUAAAAGAAAAAAAAAAGGAAAUUGAAUCAAAAGUUUUAGAGAAAUUUAAUGAUGAUGGUUUACAUGCUUUAUGUGCAGCAUGGAGUCCUAAAGGGAAACAAAUUGUUGUGGGUUGUAAAAAUGGUAAUAUAGUACAAUUUAAACCUGAUUUAAAAGUAGCUAGAACAAUUUCUGGUCCAAACCCAUAUAUUGGAGAAGUUGUUAGUAUUUUAUGGAUCAGCAAUUAUCAAUUUUGUGCUGCUUAUUUGGGUAAUGAACAAGGGAUUAAUGUUCUUAUAAUUGAUGCUCCUAAAGGUGAAGCAAAUGCUAUUUUUACUUGUUAUGAAGAUAUUACUUAUGGAGUAACAGAUGCAGAAGGAGAAGGAACAAUUCCACGUUAUUAUUUUGAUCAUGUACCAGAAUGGGGUUUAAUUAUUGCUGCUAGCAGUAAUAGUAGUGAAGUAGCUGUAUUAGGAUCUACAGAUAAAGGAAUUACUUGGAAUCAAUGGCAAUUGGUAGAUAGUGGCAGAGCUGAACUACCAUUGAUUCAUACUACAGAAAGCUAUCCAGUAGGUUUAGCUAUUGACAAAUCUGCAGUUAGAAAAUUACCAUGGGGAGCAGAUUCUACUUUACCUCAUCCAGUUCCUAUACUUCAUAUUCUUGCAACAUCUGGACAAUUGUGUAGUUUUCAUAUGGUGAAUCUGACUCCUAAUUGUCCUCCAAUUAAUUGUCCACCUACAGAAAUUAUUGGAACUCCGCCACAAAUACAAACAGGAUUUGAAACAUCCUUUAUUAUGAAUGGUCUAGCAACUAGUACACCACUUUCUAAACAAUCAGAAAAUAUUUCUGAACGUUCAAAACCAAUUCCUUCAGGAAAUAUUUUCAAUAAAUUUGGUCAAGGAAGUAAUUUUGUUGUACAACCUUCAACUGAAAAACUAAAACAAGAACAAAAAUCUGAACAUACAAACAUAGGAAUAAAAUUAUUAGAACCAGCUAAGGAAAUUCAACCACAAGAAAUUGAUAAAUUGGAUGUUAAAUUAACGUCAGUUAAAGAAAUAAUUAUGCAAGAACCUAUGGAAUCUAAUUCAUCUGCAGAUUAUUUUGCUUAUCGUGCUUAUAUAGAAGAACGUAAUUUGUUUGAAAAGGAAUUAUGUAAUAGAUUAGAACCACAAACAUGGGAAUGUGGUACAGAAGAAGAACGUCAAAAACUUGUAGAUACAAUUACUAUAAUAGAUCAAUUUUUGCGAGAAUUAAAAAAAACAACAAAUAGCUUAUCUAGUGACAUUGCAUAUUUAAAAGCAUUGUUAUUACAAUCAUUUGCUUGGGUUGAGGAAACAAAGUCAAAAAAAAAUGCAGCAACUAAUGAUAUUACUACUAGAAAUUGUGGAGAUAGUAAUAAAAUAUUUGAUCUACAAAAACUUUAUUAUUAUACUCAAACACAACUUACUCAAGCUACUAAAAUCUUAGAUUUAGAAUGGUCAGAUCAUAAAUAUCAAGAAAUGUCACGUAUGAAAAUUCCUCAUUUGGAAUUCAUUUACCAAAAUCUCAUAUUACAUAAUAAAAUUAUUCAAGAAGAAAAAAGCAAAAUAGAGCAACUUAAAAAUAAAUGGAAAUCAAAUAUUUGUAAUAAUAGUAUUUUUGGCUUAAAUCGUUCAUUAUCUAAUUUGAAUAUCACAUCGCCAAAAUCUUUGAAUACUCUUUCAAGAAAUACAGGAAUUAUAGAAGCGCGAUGCAAAGCAAUUGCUUCUAAAACUUUGAGUUUUACUCCAGAAAAACAAAUUAAAUUAAGAAAACAUUUGUCUAUUUCUACUCCAAGGAUAAUAAAACCUGUUAAUCCUUCUCCUAGUCAAGAGAAAAUAUUACUUCGUUUAGAAGCAACUUUAUCCUCUUUAAAUUCUCUCAAUAUUACAAAUGUUAAUAUUCAAAACAAAAUAGAACAAUCUACUUCCAAACAAAAUUCAGUUAUCAAGAAACAAAGUAUUGAAAAUACAAAUCAACAAAGUCCUUUAGCAUCCUUAAAUAGUAUUGUAGCAAGGAUUGGUACAAGUGAAACUAAUGCAUCAACACAAAAUAAAAUGCAAAGUAAACCUAAUUUUGGUAUUACUUUUCCAUCUAUAAUUGGAAAUAAAACAGAAAAAAUAUCUAGUACUUUACCAAUUACUACAAUAUCUCAAAAUACUAAACCAAAACAAGAUACUAUUAUAUUUAAUCAAAGCAAUACUUCUGCUCAUAUUUCACCUAAUAUAAUAAAAUCUUUACCUAAGGUUGAUACUAUUACAUCUGAUAUAUCAACACAGAAAUCAGAAGAAAUUGCUGCACAAAAUUCAGUAUGGUUCAAAGUAGAAAAUAAUUUACUGAAUAAUAGUUCAUUAAAAGAUUCAUUACCAUCAGAAAUUUCAUCAGAGAAGAUACAAACAACUACUCCAAAUACUGGAAUGACAACACAAUUAACAACAAUAACAAAAACUAAAUCAAUAUCUACAUUUAGUUUUGCUACUCCAAUUACUUCUACAUCAAUAAAGAGCACUACACAAAAUACAUUUGCUGCAUCUCAAACAACAAGUGCACAAACAUUUUCUUUUGCUUCAAAACCUUCAAAUAUUACUACUUCAUUUAACUUAAAAAUGAUGCCAUCAACGACGACAUCUCAAACACAAGAUUCAUUAAGUUUAGCAGGAUCAUUUGCUGGUUUACAAACGACUAAUCAAAUAUCUAAUGUUUCUAAUAGUUCUAAUGUCGAUGGAAAAUAUAACUAUAAACCUACAUUUGGAACACCUGGCUUUCAGAUAUUAUUAGGACAAACAUCAAGCGAAAAUCAGGUUUCUGUAAAACUCGUAACUGGAGCUUCUCUUAAGGAAACAGUUACAACUACACCUUCUGUUACAAUUGAAGAAAUACCUUCUUCUGAAUCAAAAACUUCAACAAAUUCUAUUCAAGAUUUAUCUACAUCUUCUGCUACUCCUUUAUUUAGCAGUCAAACAAAUACAUCAAAUGUUUCUAUAUUUGGAGGAAUUUCGAAUUCUAAUGCAACUAUAACUACAUGUACUGUCACAACAACUACUCCAACUACACAAACAACAACUACUUCAUCUAUGCCAUUAUUUGGCGAUUUUAUUCCAGCAUCAAGUACUACAGCAAGUACAAUGACAACUUCUGAUACAAUGUCUCCUUUUCAAAGUUCUUUGUCAAAAUCUUUUGAGAAAACUACCAUUAAUUUACCUACAACAAAUCUCACCAAUACCACUACUACUACUUCUUCUACACUUACAUUUGGAAAUAUAACAACAACUUCAGUUACUUCAGUUUUUCAACCUUCUCUUACAAUGAAUUCUCAAUUUCCAAGUACAGUAGUUUCUUCAACACCUACUACUUCUGAAAAACCUGUUUUUAAACCUUUUGAAACUUCUGCUGAUGCAUUUAUGUUUCGUAAAGUAACUAUGGCAGCAGGAAUCUUUAGCGGAAAUAAUACUAAUUUAAUUUUUGGUGGAAAUACUCAAGCAUCAACUUCCCCAACUUCUAUUUUCGGAGGAAAUGUAUCCACGAUAUUUGGAUCGCCUCAAAUGUCUAUAUUUGAUAAUAAUGCCCAAAAAUCUGAUUCAAUAUUUGGUUCAACAUCAAAUACGGGUUCUACAUCUUUCUUUGGAAGUACACCAAAUAAUGUUACUCCAGCAUUACCAUCAUCUGGAUCUACAUCUGUAUUUGGCGGUGCUGCAGCUAAUACAUCGCCAAUGGGAGUAGAACAACCUGUAUUAGGUGCACAACCUACCUUUGGGCAAGCACCUUCAUUUAAUACUAAACCAAUAUUUGGAUCACCUCCAACAUUUGGAGCUCCAAAACCAAUUUUCGGUGGCGGUUUUGGAUCAACAACAUUUGGAGUUACUUCUCCAACAUUUGGAAGUCCACCUACCUUGGGAGGAAGCCCUGCUCCAAUUGAUAACAAUAUGCCAAAAGUUUUUGGAAACGUAAAUGGUAGUAGUACAUUUGAAUCUUUGGCAAAUCAAUCUGGUGGAUUGAGUUUCAGUAGUUUAGCACAAAAAAGUGCAGAUACACCAAAAUCUCCAGUAUUUACUAGUGGAAGCUCUUUUUCCACUUGGCGGUAGUUAAUAAACAUUCAAGAUAUAUUAUAUUUUAAGACACGUUAUUUUUAUAAAAAAGAAAUAAAGUUUUUGUGUCCUCCUCUUAA